UAAUCUAAGCUGUACAGGACAAGACAACGGCAACCAAUAAUAUAAUUACACACCCAUAUCAUAGUGUGGAGUUACGGGUAAAAAUUUACACUUAAAUUAAAAUCUGCAGAAGAGAAAACAUGGCCGAAAGUUCUCAGUCUAAAAAACCUCACGGUGUUCAACGAGUUCUAGGAAAAUUAGAUUCUUCUGUUAAAAAUGGGAAUUAUUAUGAAGCCCACCAAAUGUACCGAACACUAUAUUUCAGGUAUUUAACACAAAAGAAAUAUGGGGAACUAUUAGAACUACUCUUUGAUGGAGCGAAAUUACUCCUUCAGCAUGACCAGCAAACAAGUGGUGCUGACCUCGCCAUUCUACUGGUUGAUGUUUUGGUGAAAUCAGAAACGGAACCAUCUGAUUUCCAUAUCUCCAGACUGGCACAGCUGUUCAGCAUGGUAAGUCCUGAGGUGGCAGAAAGAGAGGUGUUCCUAGGGUCUGCUCUGCGUUGGUCGUCACACGACCAUGCUCAAUUCACCAAUGGACAUCCAAGUCUGCAUCAGGCUAUCGCCCAGAUAUUCUGGCGAGAAAAAAAUUUUGUUCUGGCUAGGUAUCACUUUCUCCACUCGCGUGAUGGAACCGGCUUUGCAACGAUGUUGGUGGAACUGCAUCGCACAAGAGGAUUCGCGACAGAGGUGGACCUGUUUAUUGCACAGGUGGUUCUGCAGUAUCUCUGUCUUCAGAACAAACAUACGGCCAAUGUUGCAUUCCAGAGUUACACAACACAACAUCCUGCCAUAGCAAAGGGUCCUCCGUACAUCCUGCCACUGCUCAACUUCAUCUUCUUCCUCCUAAAAACUGUUGAGAGUGGGAAACUGGCAGCGUUCACGGUGUUGUGUGAACAGUACCAACCAUGUAUCAAACGGGACCCGUCCUACCCUCAGUACUUGGACAAGAUAGCCCAGAUAUUCUUCGGUGUUCCUCCACCUAGACAACAUAACUCUGGUGGAUUGUUAGGCAAUAUCUUGCAGUCCCUGAUGAAUGGAUUGGGGGAAAAUUUGGAUUCGGAUGAAGAGGAUCUGGCACGGCCGUCCACCUCCAGAUUGAUGGAGACUGAAGCGUUGGACUGAACAUGCAAGCCUAAUCGCAUCCUCUCUACAUAGGAAGAGAGUAUUCCAAUUCUGUCUAUCGGAGAUAAUUUUCCGAACAAUGGUGUCCGGAAUCUCAGGUCCCCUUCUUUUGUUUUCCCACCGCAUGCAAAAGAACGUGAGGUUGGCAUCAUUUUGCUUAUCCCUAUGGGAAUAUUUUAGUUUUCUAAAUUAACCAUUUUAAACACGUAAAUUCGAAACUUGCCAUGAUCUGUAAAGAGUUGUUUUUGCUCCACUCAUUCUCUCAGGUUUCUAAUUAGCCUGGCCGUUCAACGCCCUCUACUCUCUAGCUGCUCCUACCAGUCAUGGUGUUUACUCGAGCCUCACUGGGUAUUACCAUACUAUACUCCUUGUAUACCUGCUUUAUUUUGAAAGCGAACAGGUCGAUUGGAAUCCGCUUGUUGGCAUUGUUGGCAGCCUUACUCUCGGGGAGUGAGCAAUCAAGCCGCUCUUUCUGAAUGGAUUUGCCUUGUCCUCACAUUUAUUUGCACUGUUUUAAGGUUUUAUCAGUGCUUCGUACGGCGAGGGGUAGGCCCCAGUAACCAGGAAUAGAUGUACCCUCUGACCCGUCCUACCCCAAUUCCCUGAGGCCUUGUUUCCGUUUUCCCUGUCUAGGAAUAUAUGGACGGACAAGGGCUUGCCCUUGGCAACACAAAGUCUGACCUCUGUGUCUAUAUCAAUGACCGAAGUAGCUGGCUCCUUCCACCAAAGUGACACAUUGACAGAAUGAAUUCACACAGCCCACUGCCAGAAGAGAGGUCCUGGACCUUGAGCACUCGCAAGGCAAUCAUCGAUGGUGCCAAUCAAUAUUACAACAACUUCUUUUAGGAAACAGAAAAAAGUAAGGGAAGUGAAGAAUCAAAGAGAGGUUGAUAGAAAGAAGACAUAUGAAAAUGAAAGGGAGUGAGACACUGGAAUUUUCAGGGACAGAAAUACAAGACGGUUGGAUAAUUCCACAAAAAAUUAAAAUUGUCAUCAACCAUCUCAGAUUUUGAUGAAGCUUGGAGGUUAUGAUCUUCCUACUAAGAUAUAAAAAUAUUCCAAGUUUCAACUCUUUAUCUCACAACGGUUAUUGUUUAUAGCAUUUAAAGUUUUGAAAAAAUUGUCAUUUUCGCUCUCUCCGAGACUUAGAACAGUGAAUAUUGUCAAAUCAAAAAUAAUCUGUAUCUAAGGCAUUUGCCUAAACCAGAAAUGCCUAUUUUGGUUAUGGUAUAUCUUAGUAGGAAGAUCAUGACCUCCAAGUUUCGUCAAAAUCUGAGAUGGUGGGUGACAUGGCCUGAAUGAUGUGAUAUGGAAUGACCUGCUAGCUAAGAGUGGGCCAGUAAGUACAAAUGUGUAGGAUCUCAUUUAGGAAAGAGAAAAAAAAAUAAGAUCCCGUGGAAGGAGCAUACACAAGUAGAAGUAAUGACAUAUGUACUCAGCUUGGGUAACCUCGUGGUCGUUUUCCACAUACUCAUAAACAAUAUGAGCCCCUGGAGGUUUGAAAUUGUUCUAACUGUCCUAAUUGAGCUACAGAGCUGGGAGAGGUGUCAUUCUGCAGCAAUUGUAUGCUCUUUCCAUUGACAUACAACACAACCUGUGUUAUAAUGAAAAAAUGUUUGUCAAAAUUCAUAUGAAGAUUGUGAUUGAAUUUUCCCCAAAAAAUACAUAAUUUAAAAUUGUUCUAAAGUAAAAGAUAAUUAAGAGAUGAGGAUUGGUUUAUGGUAAAUCAAUUAUUUUUGAUCUGUGGCAAGAUUUAAUCUCUAGGUUUUAAACUUUGCAUGAAACUAGUGUACAUAGACAAGGAGUUCCAUGAUGGUGCAUGUGCAACGAUGGCAUUUGGCUGAGUGUCAUUGAAGCCUAUCACUCAGCAGACUGGCACAAUUUCUCAUCUAAUUCAAAUUGAUGUAAAAAUAUUUUACUAUAUGAUUAUCUGUCCACAGGACUACUCGAGAACAGAAUGAGCUAUAGACUUGAAAUAGUUGUUUACAAAGCCUGUUGUGGGACAUGUGAUGUAGUGUACUCCUACCUUUUUGUUGAUUUGCCAAAGAUCUUAUCCAAAAAGGAUAAAAAUUACCAGAUUCUUUCAUUUUUAUAGCCAAGGAGAAAAAAAUCAAUAUUUGUGAGGGGGUUUUCAAACAAAAGCAGCUAUAUUUUAUUCUAUGUCUAUAGAGAUAUUAUAGUACAGUUUCAUUUUUUAAUAUAAUUUUGCUUUUUAGGUUUUUGUGUUCAUAUAGAAAAAAAUUCUAUAGCUAUUCUAUACCAUCAACCUAGAUAAUUUGGUCACUAUUAAAAUGUACUAAUAAAAGUGCUAAGUUUUUUGUCUGAUGCAAUUAUUUUUUGAGAUUGGAGUAACAAAAUGUAGUAGUUAGUGCUUCUUUUAUAUUAGAUACUUUUGAGAGUAUUUUAAUAACUAUUUGUUUUAAUAUUUCCCAAAAGAAAAGCUUGGGAAUAAAUAAAUGUUUGCCUCUAAAGGUGUCCAUAAAAUCAAUAAUUGUAAUUUUUUGAGUUUUUUUUAUGUCUUGAGCCUGAGGCUCAUCUAACUUUUCCGAAAAUGCUUUAUAAUAAUUGUUGCUAGUGUUGAAACAGUUUUUGGAAAAUUGAGAUAGAAAGAAUUAAACAUUUAAACAAUAGUACUUUCAAUAAAAAUUGUACUCUAAAUAAACUUUUUUGGCAUAGGUAAAUUUAGUUUUUAUUUGUUAAUUAUAAUUAACACACUGCUUAUAGUGAUUUUUGGAAAAUGAAACCCAACAAAAAAUUAAACUUGACACAUAGAUUGAUUUGAUCCAUUAAGGAUUAAGGUGGGUUUUUAACCACUAUUGUCAUCAUCAGGAAAGUGCUAUGGAUUGUUGCUAGUGAUUAUGUCAGCUUUAUAAAUCUAGUUAAAAUUGUUUACAUAUCAAGGGUCUCUUGAAAUAGGAUUGUAUGAGCCAAUUUAUAAACUUUGCAAGAGCGGCAAAGUUCUGAUUGAAAUCCCAUCUAGUCUAAAAACAAGUUAGAUUGAAUUUGUGUAUUGUAGUUUUGGAACUAAAAUGUAUCAAAAAUCUAAAGAUGUCUCAUAUGGCCCUGUUCUAUGUGGCCCAUGAUACAUAUUGUUUAUUUAUUUAUUUUUAGUCUUAGGUUUAGUUGAAUGAAGGAAAGUUGUUUUGUACUGAGAUCAUACCGGACUGUAACUAUGUAUAAUAGUAAUAAAUAACUUAAUAAUAAAAA